GUUGGGAUACUCGGAUGCCCCCUAAUUAAAUCGAAGAUUUGAUUGAAACCCCCCAAAUUCGUCUUUUCUCUCUCUGCAUUUUCUCACCAGAAACAAGCGGUCUUCGAUUGCUGUUCGAAGUCAACGGUGUUGGAAUUUCUCAAAAUUUGAUAGUAUGAGGAGGAAAUCGGGUUUCUAGCGGAUGAUGGAGUGUUGAAAUGUUGGAAUUUUGAUGUUAGGAAGUGGAUAUUGGGGUUUUAGCGAACGAUGGAGCGAGCGGUAACGGUGAUCUCGGGCUCCACUCUCGUCUGCUCAGUUUUUGUUUUUCAAUUGAUUCUUUUGAGAGUCGCUGCUAAUACUGAAGGCGAUGCAUUGAAUGCGUUAAAAUCCAAUUUCGAUGAUCCUAACAACAUACUACAGAGUUGGGAUCCUACCCUUGUUACUCCCUGCACUUGGUUUCAUGUCACUUGCAACAGUGAAAAUAGUGUCACACGAGUUGAUCUUGGAAAUGCAAAUUUAUCUGGGAAAUUGGUUUCGCAGCUUGGUCAGCUUCCUAAUUUGCAGUACUUGGAACUUUAUAGCAAUAACAUAAGUGGAAGAAUUCCAGAGGAGCUUGGGAAUUUGACGAACUUGGUGAGCUUGGAUCUUUACUUGAAUGGGUUAACGGGUACAAUUUCACCGACCUUGGGCAAGCUUUCGAAACUUCGUUUCCUGCGUCUUAACAACAACAGCUUAACUGGAACUAUUCCCAUGUCGUUGACCGCUGUUAUGUCAUUGCAAGUCCUGGAUCUUUCAAACAACAAACUGACCGGGGAUAUCCCAGUCAAUGGGUCAUUUUCACUUUUUACUCCCAUCAGUUUUAAAAAUAAUCAACUUAACACUCCUCCUGUUUCUCCCCCUCCUCCGAUUGUUCCGAAUCCCCCGGCUCCAUCUACCGGUUUUGGGAUUAAGGCUUUGAUGAUGAGGAUGGUUUGAUAUGAAGGAUGGAAAAAUAUAAGAGAGAUUUUCUCUCUUUUGAAUGGAGGAGGAGAAUAAUCUAUUAAGUAUGGUAGUGUCAUGAAUAUAAUUCUUUCGCACGUCCAAGUUCUUGGAAAUUGGAAUGUAGUUGAAUCCAGGAAUAAAGAGUAGCUAUCAUGCAUUUUAAUGAAAUGAAAUUCACGGGUUGAAGUUACAAUACCAGCUCUGGUGACAGGAAUUAGGGUUAGGACUUAGGAGUCUCUAUCCAAUACAUUGACCAUUUCUGUCGGCAGUCAUGAUCUCUGUAUUUACCCUUUAAUUUCAGUCAGAAUUUUCUUUACUCUUUUGCCUGAAUUUGUUUCAUGAUUAGUGCCUUCAUAGAUUUACUUGUAUUCUCCUAUUCUUUUUAAAUUUAAACAGAAUUUAGAACGAAUAUGUGCAAGAAAACAAUUUGAUGAGCAAACAUGUUUAAGAAAUAACUAUCAGUGGUGGAGUGCUUUGCUGUUGA